GAGACAACAACAGGUCUUGAUAAAUGAUAAUGCGAUUACAUUUUAGUCAGGCGCCAACUCGCAUCAGAACAGCAUGGUGUAUAAAGCAAAAAAAUGGAUUUAUGCCCGAGCCUUCAGUGGCGAACCUAAGCUGGAUGAUUUCCGGCUCGAGGAGGAGACUAUGCCGGAAAUAAGAGAAGGAGAGUUCCUCGCGCGAGCUGAAUAUCUAAGUGUAGAUCCGUACAUGCGUAUUUACAUUCUGGCCUACCCGGUCGGGUCGGUCAUGAUCGGUGGCCAGAUUGCGAAGGUGUUGGAAAGCAAGAAUUCCGAUUUUCCGGUCGGGGCGUACGUUUUCGGCCAGUUCGGCUGGCGGACGUAUUCUAUCUGUAAUCCGGCUGGAAUUGAAAUUAGAAAACCUUAUGUGCUGCCGGAUUUCGGUUCGUUGUCACGUUCGCUAGGCAUCGGUGUACUUGGGACUGUUGGCAAUUCUGCAUAUUUUGGAGUGCUGGAGUUGUGUCGUCCGAAGAAAGGCGAAACGAUGGUGGUCAGUGGAGCUGCCGGUGCCGUCGGAAGUAUUGCAGGGCAGAUUGGUAAAAUUAAAGGGUGCAGCAAGGUGAUUGGAUUAGCCGGCACGAAUGAAAAAUGUGCCUGGCUGAAAGAAAUUGGUUUCGAUAAUGCAAUCAACUACCGAACUGAUAAUGUAGAGCAGGAAUUGAAAUUGGCUGCUCCCGACGGUGUGGAUUGCUACUUCGACAAUGUUGGUGGACAAAUUUCGGCGACCGUUCGAAAACAGAUGAAUGUUUUUGGACGGAUUGCUGUUUGUGGAACUAUUUCCAUGUACAACAAUAAACCCGUCCUGGUUGAAGAUCCUCAGAGGGACUACGUUUGGAAACAAUUGGUACAGGAAGGAUUCAGCGUUCAUCGCUGGACCGACAGGUGGUUUGACGGUAUCGAUCAGAAUCUGAAAUGGAUCCAGCAGGGCCAACUAAAAUAUCGAGAGACCAUAACGGACGGUUUCGAGAACAUGCCAAGUGCGUUCAUUGAUAUGAUGCGUGGAGGAAAUAUUGGAAAGGCAAUUGUUAGAGUUUUAUAAUAACGUCGUUAUUCAAAUAUAUGUUUUUAUUUCUACUGUUCAUAAAAAGGAGUCAAUUAAUCAA